CUUCAUCGCAGUUUGGCUUCGAUCGCGUUAAAAAUACUUCUACUUCCUGUGAAGUAGGCUGAAUUAAAUUAUCGAAUUUGCGAUAAAAUUACUGAGAAUGGAGCCGGCCAUGUUGUCUCUCCGUGCUUUCUUUCGUCAGAAGGCCCUUAUUUCGUUGGGGCAGAUGAGGGUCUACUCAGCAGCUGCUGCAGCUGCGACCUCAGCUUCCCCCAAGAUGAAGAAGUUCAAAGUUUAUAGAUAUGACCCGGACAAGCCUGGAGACAAACCCCACAUGCAGACAUAUGAAAUUGAUCUGAAUGAUUGUGGACCUAUGGUUCUUGAUGCUCUGAUCAAGAUAAAGAAUGAGGUUGACCCCACGUUGGCCUUCAGAAGGUCAUGCCGCGAAGGCAUCUGUGGGUCAUGCUCUAUGAAUAUCAAUGGGGCCAACACCCUUGCUUGCUUGUGUCCUAUCGACAACAACCUGGGCAAGACGACAAAGGUCUACCCACUUCCUCACAUGUGGGUCAUCAAGGAUCUCGUUCCGGACAUGAACAACUUCUAUGCCCAGUACAAGUUCAUUGAACCAUACCUUAAGAAGAAGAACUUCAAUGAAGAGGACCUCGGCAAGAAGUCCUUUCUACAGAGUCCUGAGGAUCGAGCUAAGCUGGACGGCAUGAUUGACUGCAUCCUCUGUGCGUGCUGCUCUACAUCAUGCCCAAGCUACUGGUGGAAUGGUGACAAGUACCUGGGACCUGCAGUCAUCAUGCAGGCUUACAGAUGGAUUAUGGACAGUCGAGAUGACUUCAAACACGAGCGUCUGGCACAAAUGAGAGACGAAUGGUCCCUUUACAGGUGCCACACCAUCAUGAACUGCACCAAGACAUGUCCCAAGGGUUUGAACCCAGGAGCUGCGAUAGGUGAGAUGAAGAAGGUCAUGUUAGGAUAUGCGUCCCAUGGCAUCCCAAAACAAGGAUAGAUCAGUCCACGUGGUUGGUAAGAUCAGUCAGCCAAUCAGCUUGUUUGUAUUUUUUACGGCUAAGGAUUGGUCUGUGUGCUGACCAAUAGGUGAUUGAUUGGUUGAUUGAUUGAUUGGAUGAUCUUAAUUUUAAAACUAGGGUUAAUUAUUGUAGAAUUAUAUUUAUAGUUUUUGUUAUUUGUACUUGUACAAUUGUCAACGGUGAUGAAGAUGGUGACGAAGAUGAUGGUGGUGAUUAUGAGAAUGACAAAAACCUAACAUAACCAUUUAAUCAUCUUAAGUUUAAUGAUAAUAAAUAACAAUAAUAUAGAAUUAAUAAUAAUAAUAUUAUUAUUAUUAUUAUUUCUAUGAAAACAUCGUCACCAUUGUUAAUAUUUUGUUAUUGUUAUAACUGUUUGGUUGUUGUUAUUUUUAUUUUUGUUGUUGUCACAAAUCUCUGAAUUUAUUAUGCAGUGCUCGUGUGGGUAUAACCAAAUAAAUUGUCGAUAAAUUAUUGUUGUUAUACUUAGCUGGUUGAUCACUUUGUACGUACCAAACAUUCUAAAUCAACCCUUCGUUAGGUCUUAUUAUAGCUUCAGUUUAUUAGUUCAUUUGUUUAAAUUUUGUUUUAUAAUUUGUUUUCCAUCCAUUUAUUUAUUUAUUUUUUGUUUAGUUUGUUGAGAGGAAAUAACCAAUUUUAUCGUUUGCAAUUCUAGAAUUUAUUAAUUUGCAAUUUAUUUAAUUAUUAAUAAAAUAUUUAGAUAUUAAUUAUGGUUAGAAAUAGUUUGGGUAAUGUUCUAUCCGUAUAUUAAUUAUUGGAAUAAGUGUUGCUAUGUAUACUUAAAUUUUUUUUCUAAAUUUAUUUCCGAGAUUUUGAAACGAAUUUCGUUGCUACAAUACCAAAAAGUUGGAAGAAUCCUUGCUUCCAAUUUUGUUUUUUGUGAACGCCACGAACAGUUUAUGAGAAUAAUUAUAUUUGAAAAGACAACUUCUACUUGGACAUCAAAAAAUUGUAUUGCAGUCU